AUGCGUGGUUUCGGUCUCCUCCUCCUUCCCGUGGUCGCCAAGUUGGCUUCUGCCCAGUCCCAGUACACCAUCAAUGUCACCGCUGUGCCUGAGGCCACCAGAGACAUCUGGUGCACCAAUCAGCAAAACGCCUGCCCUCUGAUCUGUCUUCAAACCUCCGCCAACUCCUCCGACACCAUCGAGAACGAGUGCGACCCCGAUACCCUCGACUACUCGUGCAUCUGCGAGAACAAUAUCGCCCCCAACGCUUCCGAGUACUCGCAAACAAUCCCCUACUACGUCUGCACCGAAUGGGGCACCGAGUGCAUUGCCGGCUGCGGCGGAAACACAGCCCAACACCCUUGCGGUGCCCAGAAUCCCACUCGCGUCAACGUCACAUCCUCCUCUUCGUCCGCAACAGCCUCAAAGACUGCUUCCAACCAGGGAGCGGCCACAAACUCUGCUGGCCAGACCAUCUUCAGCGGUCUGGGUGGUAGCGGUGCUGCUCAGACUAGCACCAGCAGCAGCCAGACUGGUGCGGCUGCUGCUCUCCAGCUUGGCCAGGCUUACGGUCUGUUUGCCGUGACUGCCGGUAUCUUUGGCGGCUUUGCUCUUCUCCUCUAA